CUAGGGGAAACUGGGGGAAAGAGCAGAGGCGAGUUCUCUGCGUUGAGACUCGAACCAUCGAGUGAAUCGAACAAACAUCGAGUGACGGCAGCAGACUUCACGUCCAGCAAGGUCUAUGGCUCUGCCGACCCUCUCGGCCCAUGUACCCGGCCGCUCCCGUGCGCUGGCCAGUCAGAUGGCCCGGCAGCGGGAGCAGGAGGCCCGGUGUCGGCAGCAGUGGGAGCAGCAUGCCCGGUACUUCAGAGAGCAGAGUGUCUGCAGCCAGAGGCAGGCGGCGUGGAGCUCCGGCCAGUCCCACCAGCGGAGUAUGUCGUCAUACCACAAACAGAGAGUGAAGGAGGAGAAACAGGCCAGCCUGGAGCGGCGCAGGAACCUGCUGAGGGCCAUGCUUCAAAAGGAACAAGAGCAGCUGGAGGCCGAGCUCAGAGAAGUGGUACCUGACAGGGCAACACUGGCAAGUCAGCUGGUGCAAAAAGCCGAGGAGCUUCGCACAGCCAGAGAUGAAAGAAGGAAAAAGCUUGCACAAGAGCUGUUGAGGGAGCACUGGAAGAAAAACAACCCAGAGUUGCGAGAGGUCGAGUCAGCAUUACAUAAAGAUCAUGUUGUCAGCCAAUGGCAGGAGCAGAUAUCUGAGAAGACACAGCAAGAAGUGGCAGAGCAGGAGGAGACGAGGCGCUUCGAAACGGAGUAUGAACGCACCCGGAAAGAGGCUUUGGAGCGGAUUAGACAGGUGGAGGAGAAAAGGAAAGCAGAGGAGCACAAGAGAGGAGAAGACCUUUUCAAACAGAUGGAAGAACUGAAGCUGAGGGAAGAAGAGGCCUCUCGUCUAAAGAAGGAGCAAGAGGCUCUGCUGGUGCAGCAGUGGGAGCUGGAGAACUUGGAGGAGGAGAGAAGGAAGGUGGAGGAAAGACGAAAGAAGUCUGAGAUGGGGUAUUUCUUGAUCCGUCAAUAUCGAGCUCAGUUAAAGAGAAGAGCGCAGCAAGUGCAGGAGGAACUGGAGGCCGACCGUAAGAUCCUGUCAGCCUUGCUGGAAGGAGAGCACGAGGACAGGAGAAUGGAGAGCACACGAAGGGAGAGGGCUGUCGCCGAUGCUGCCUGGAUGAAACAAGUGAUUGAAGAGCAACUUCAGUUGGAGCAAGAACGGGAGGCGGAGUUUGACAUCUUGCACAGAGAAGAAGCUCAGCGUGUAUGGGAGAAACGAGAGGCCGAGUGGGAGAAGGAGAGGAAAGCCAGAGAAAGGCUCAUGCAUGAGGUGCUUGUGGGCCGACAGCAGCAGCUGGAGCAGAAGGUGCAGAAGAACCGCGAGGCUCAGGAAGAGUUACUGAUGAGACGAGAAGAGUUGAUCCAGGAGCUGGAGCUGGAGAAGGACAUCAGACGUCAGGAGAAGGACAGUGAAGAGGGUCGCAGGACAGCAAGGACACAAGAGUUAAAUGCUCAGGUGGAGCAGCAGCGUCAAGAGCAUUGGGAGGAGCAGUGCCAGAAAGAGCAGGACGAGGAGAGAGACAGGGAGGCCCUGCGAAUCCAAGAGGAGGAUCUGAGGCUGGAGAUGCUGAGGAUCGCCAAGAAAGGCUACCAGGAGAAGGUUCACAGCAGACCUCGAUCCGCCUGGACAUGAGCAACGUGAGAGUAUGAAGUUAAAACAGAUUUGUAUAUUGUGUAUUUUUCAAGAUGUUAAUAUCCUUAAAGGAUUUGUUCAAAUUGUUUUCUAUGUGUGUCUUAAAACAAAACUCAAAUGCCAAAAUGAAAACACUAACAGUAAAUGCUGACAUUGGGCGAGAGGCGUGGUACCUCGAUGCCAGCGUAUCACAGAGACAACCAUUCACGUGUGUUCACACCUAUUGGCUCCAUAUAAACUAAGCACCAGAGAGGAGAAGGUGAACAACUUUAUCAAUCUGUAACUGUUUUGAUAAACGCAUCAUGCUCGUAUAAAAAAGGAAAUCUCUCCUUGAAUGUCUUAUAGAGAAGUGAACCAAUCACGUAGAUUGUGGGGCCAUUGUUCCAUCUUGAUGUUAACAAUCCAGGGCCGGUUGUUUGCAUUUGUAGCGAAGAACAAAUUUUCAUUUGCACUUUUGGAGCUCUUCAAGGAAUAUAUAUAUUUUAUAUCCUUAAUUUUUUUGACUUUUGAUAAAUAAAACGACAAUGUUCCAAACAAA